AUGAAAAAAAUACUAGAAGGUAAGUUGAAAUCAGCUCAAAAGGAUGCAUUCUCAACUCAGGAAGAGAUAGUAAAAAAAGAAUCCGAAAUCAUAUCUCUCAAAUCUGAAUCAACGAAUAUAAAGAAUGAACUAAUGAAUACAAAGGAUGAAUUAGCUUUAAAAAUUAAUGAAAUUGAGUAUUUAGGCGCUUUACGCCCUGCUUUGCAGAAAACAAAGGAUAUAUUGGAUCCUAUGAUUAGGGGAGGUACAGAAAAAAAUACGCAGAGUGAGGAACAAAGUUUCAUAUCGAAUUCUGGAGAUACAUCGGAGGAAUCAGAGAUUCGAGGCUAUGCCUCAUCUAAAAGUCUUGCAAAAUAUUUUAAAAGUAAAAAUAAAAUGGAAGCAGAAAUAAAUGAUACUUUUCUAACUAGUCAGGAGUCUUCAACAGAUGAAAUAUCUAACGUAAAAAAUGAACCAUUACCAAUUAUCACAAAUAAGCAGAACUCGGAUUUAAAUCCUGAAGUAGUACAGGCAUUAAACAAUCUGCAAUAUAGUUAUAGCGAUGAAACACCAGAAAUGUGGUGUUCUCGUAUUUGUUGUCUAUUUAAAAAACUUCUCGAAUAUAACUCAAAAUACUUCUCUAAGAAUAGAUUUAUCCAAAUGAUCGAAAGAGUAUAUAUAGAUGAGGAAUUUAAUGCUGGGAGACGCUCAUUCCACAUUUAUUGCACUGUAUACGACUCCUUAGUUAUUAUUCACGAAAAUACAAUCGAAUGUGCAAAUGAUCACCUAAAGAAAUGUAUUACUGAAACCAGUAAUAUGCAUUCUAAUCCUGUACGAAAGAAUAUGAAAAAAGAGGGAGGAGUAUCAUCACUUGGCAUUGAUAUGGUUGAUAAGAUAUAUAAGAGAUAUUAUUUUAUAUACAGUAAAGGCUUGAGCUAUUAUGAUUAUGAUUAUAAAUAUUCAAAUAAAAACGAAGUUAAAAAAAGGAUUGUAGUUCGCAUAAUUAACAGUAUAACAGUUCUUCAAUGGGCUUGGAGGACUUACAAGUUGAGACCCGAGACAUGGGCAAGUCGAGUUUGGAAUAUUGUGAGGAAUGAUACUAUUCCUGAUGAGAAGAAGUUUUUAGGUAUAACACCUCACGAUAUAAGAAUUCCUGAUGAUCGAUAUGUAUGUUCGGAAAGAUCAAUGAAGCGAUCCUGGGGAUUCUUAAUUCCUAAAUAUUAUAAUUAUGGCUUUGAGAAUUUCUAUGCAACAGUUAUUCAACAGGCUUAUAGAAGUUACAAGAAAAGGCCUGGGUCAUUAGCAAAACGAGUCUGGAAAGCAGUGAGGAAUGAUAGCACUCCUGAUAGAAAGAGAUUUUUAGAUAUACUUUCAAUUCCUUAA